UCGUGGUAGGUCAAGGCGGCCCGGGCUUCCGGGCGCAGGUGCUGCGGUGGCGCUCCAGGUCGCUGGGCGAAGGCCUGGCCGGAAGUCGGGCUGGGCGGGGCCCCAAGGCGCGGGGGUUUAACACUCGCCCCGCCCCGGCCCUACUGACUCAGUUUCACUGGAAACUGGGGGAAGAGGUAGCAGAUCGCCGGCGCUGCUGGCCCCUGAGCGGAAGCCGCGGCUGAGCCGCGCAGGAAGUGGGGCCCGCAUCCUCCGCAGGCCCGGCCCCUCCCGCUCACCUGCGCAGGUAACCGGAGCUCGACGCGCGAGGCUGUGGCGCAGCGCCCCCAGAAUGUUCGGCCGUGCGCUCUGCGCCCCUGCGUGUGUCCCGGUCCCAGGCACCUUCAAAACCCAGAGACCUGCACUGUGAGGGUGAUUCCUCUGGGGAGAAGGACCACCGCAGCCGGGAGGACGAUGGCUAGCGCCAUCGCCGCAGCCGUGUGGCUCCUCUGCGCCCUCGGUCUCCGGGACGCGGCCGCCGAGUUGCCGCCCGAACCGCCUGAGCUGCCCACGGAAGCUUCCUGUCUGGCCCGCUUCACCAGCGGGGUCCCUGCCUUCGUGUUGGACACCGAGGCCUCAGUCAGCAACGGGGCCACCUUCCUGUGGUCCCCAGAGGUGCGGCGGGGCAGGGAGUGUGUUCGUGCCUGCUGCACCACCCAGAACUGUAACCUGGCGCUGGUGGAGCUGCAGCCCGACGGCGGGGAGGACGCCAUCGCCGCCUGCUUCCUCAUGAACUGCCUGUAUGAGCAGAACUUUGUGUGCAAGUUCGUGCGCAGGGACGGCUUCAUCAACUACCUCACGCAGGAGGUUUACCACUCCUACCGCAAGCUGCGGAGCCAGGGUUUUGGAGGGUCCCGGAUCCCCAGGGCCUGGGUGGGCAUAGACUUGAAGGUACAACCCCAGGAACCCCUGGUGCUGAAGGAUGUGGGCAACACAGAUUGGCACCUACUUCAGGGUGACACCGGAGUCAGCAUUGAGAGGAAAGAGCCGGACCAGUUGGAGCUGUGGGGACUCAAGGAAGGCACCUACCUGUUCCAGCUGACAGCUACUGGCUCAGAUGAGCCACAGGGUACAGCAAAUGUCACAAUCACUGUGUUGUCCGCCAAGCAGACAGAAGACUACUGCCUUGCCUCUAGCAAAGUGGGCCGUUGCAGGGGUGCCUUCCCCCGCUGGUACUACAACCCCAAAGACAAAAUCUGCAAGAAGUUCACUUAUGGGGGUUGCUUGGGCAACAAGAACAACUACCUUCGGGAGGAGGAGUGCAUGAUGGCCUGCCGGGAUGUGCAAGGGCCCUCGAUGGAAAGGCAGCAUCCAGUAUGCUCAGGCAGCUGCCAGCCCACCCAGUUCCACUGCAGUGAUGGCUGCUGCAUCGACAGCUUCCUGGAGUGUGAUGACACCCCAGACUGCCCUGACGGCUCCGAUGAGGCCACCUGUGAAAAAUAUACCACUGGCUUCGACGAGCUCCAGAACAUCCGUAUCCUCAGUGACAAAGGGCACUGUGUGGACCCCCCAGACACGGGGACCUGCAAGGAUAGCAUCCCACGCUGGUACUACAACCCCUUCAGUGAACGCUGUGCCCGCUUUACCUACGGUGGUUGUUAUGGCAACAGUAACAACUUUGAGGAAGAGCAGCAGUGCCUGGAAUCCUGUGGCGGCAUCUCUAAGAAGGAUGUGUUUGGGCUGCGGCGGGAGAGCUCCAUUCCCAGCACAGGCUCAGUGGAAGUGGCCAUGGCUGCACUCCUGGUCACCUGCAUUGUAGUGGUGAUAGCCAUCCUGGGUUACUGCUUCUUCAAGAACCAGAAAAAGGGCUUCCGAAGACACCGCCACCACCCGCCACCCACGCCUGCCAGCUCCACUGUCUCCACCACUGAAGACACAGAGCACCUUGUCUAUAAUCACACGACCCGGCCACUCUGAGUCAAGGCACUCUGCUCAUGAACACUGGGGACACUUUGGAACUAGACUUUUCCUGCCUGUUUCCCAGAUUUCCAUGCAGGAGAUUUUUUCCCUCUUGGAGAAGUCUCAGUGAGCUUGGGCCAGUUCCUGAGAAAGCUCAAGAGUCUAGAAGCAAGCAGCAAACCCCUGAGCCAGUACUGUGUAGUUGGAUGUGCUGAAACUGGGUUUUGUUGUGUUCAAAGCUGCCUGCUGCCACCCCCUGGCUCUGGGAAGGAAGCUGGGGUGGUGUCCUCCGUAGCUGCCCUUCUGUUCUGCACAGUUCGGGGUGGGAGGGGGACUUCCCUAUGUAGUUUGUGCUGGAAAGAACUGCUUCUGGAGUGCUGGGGAUGGAACUCAGUGGUAGAGUGUGUGCCAGGGGUCCUAGGUUGAAUCCCCAGCCCUGGAGAAGGGCUUUGUCUGCAUCUAAUACGGUGGGGUGAGAGGAAUCAAAGAUGACUGCCAUCCUCUUCCCUCAGGAUUGAACUGUCUGCCUGUAGCCAACCCUAACCUAGUAUAGACAAGCAGUCAGAGCUGAAAGAGUGCUGCACCCUUCACCCCCUCACCCCAGGGCUCCCCAACAUUUCACCCCAACCCUUCCUCAGCUUUCCACAGGUCCACUGCACUCGAAAGAAGGUAUAUGAGGCCGGGGGUACAACUUGGCAACAAGGUGCUUGCCUAGUACACAUGGGACCCUGGGAGUUCAGUCCCCAGCUCUGCAAAAAUAAAUAAGAUGAAAUGA